AUGAGAAGGAAUUCAACCCUGGGGUCCUCUGCCCCACCUCAAGGACUUCAGUAUCUGAGUAAUUCUCACCUUCUCAUGGUACUUGACCUCAUAAUCCAGCACAGCCCCACUGGAUGGAUGGGGAAUGGACCAAGUGGGGUACGCUUCCUAAAAACAUCAGAAAACCAAGCAGAGCUACAAGGGUUGAAGAGGGGGACCAGUUACCUUGUUCAAGUUCGGGCGCGCUCUGAGGCUGGCUAUGGGCCCUUUGGCCGUGAGCAUGACAGCCAAACCAAACUGGAUGAGAAUGAGAACUGGAGGGACCAGCUGGCACUGAUCUCGGGCACAGCAGCUGUCGGGGUUAUUCUGAUUCUAGUGGUCGUUGUCAUCGCAGUCCUCUGCCUCAGGAAACAGAGCAGUGGGAGAGAUGCUGAAUAUUCGGACAAGCAUGGACAAUAUCUCAUCGGGCAUGGCACAAAAGUCUAUAUUGACCCCUUUACUUAUGAAGACCCCAAUGAGGCUGUGAGAGAAUUUGCAAAGGAGAUCGAUGUAUCCUAUGUCAAGAUUGAGGAAGUGAUUGGAGCAGGAGAAUUUGGAGAGGUGUGUCGGGGACGACUGAAAACCCCAGGAAAGAAGGAAAGCUACGUAGCCAUCAAGACCCUGAAAGGUGGCUAUACAGAGAGGCAGAGAAGGGAGUUCUUGAGUGAGGCCUCCAUCAUGGGCCAGUUUGAACAUCCCAAUAUCAUCCGACUAGAGGGCGUAGUCACCAAUAGUGUGCCCGUCAUGAUCCUAACCGAAUUUAUGGAGAAUGGGGCACUGGAUUCCUUCCUUCGGGUAAGUCCUGCUUCCUUGCCCUCGUAGCCUCCCAGAGUUAUACCCUCCUAAUCCCCAUGGCUUUUCUCCUGAACCAGAAUAGGAUAUCUCUUUUUUUUAUGAGACACCAAAGGUAAGAUGCCUGGCUUCCUGUCUUCCAUUUUUGGCUCCCUACACCUAUCUCAUUCCCCUGAGAUCAUGAGAGCCUGAAUCUGUAGCUGUAAAGGACCUCAGAGCUCCUCUAGUUCAACUCGCUCAUU